CGGGCGUGUGUGUGUGUGUGGGUGCAGGGGGGCAGCAGAGAGGAGUCUCCUGCGUGCCGCCGCGUCGUCAGAGACAGACAGACUGACACACACAGAGGCAGCGGAGCUGGGGCGGCAUCGGCUGCAUCGGCUGCUGCCGCUGCCAUCACACCUCCUCCCCGCCACUGCUGCCGCUGCAGUGCCCGCGAACAAAGAGGAGAGGCAGCUCCAGACCGGGAGCAGGGGGCCCCCGGACCCGGGACCCUGCCUCCUCCAGCCCCCUGGCCACGGAGGAGCCGCGCAGGAAGGAGAUGAGGAGACUCUGAAUAGGCAUGGAUGUUACAUGAAUCAUUUUAAGGGAAGUGAACAACUAUGAAGGCUUUUUUCUCAGUAAACUAGAUAAAGAUGGAUGAAUCUGCCUUGUUGGAUCUGUUGGAAUGUCCCGUGUGUUUAGAACGACUGGAUGCUUCUGCAAAGGUCUUGCCUUGCCAGCAUACGUUUUGCAAACGAUGUUUGCUGGGGAUUGUCGGUUCUCGAAAUGAACUAAGAUGUCCAGAAUGCAGGACUUUAGUGGGCUCUGGAGUUGACGAGCUACCCAGUAACAUCUUGUUGGUUAGGCUAUUGGAUGGAAUCAAGCAGAGACCUCGGAAACCAGGUGCCAGCAGCGGGAUUAACUGCACAAGUGCUCUAAGGGUCCAAGGCAGUGCUGUUGUGAAUUGUGGCUCAAAAGAUCCCCAAGGAGGACAGCAACGAGUGCAGGCCCGGAGUCCCCCGGUUCGAGGUGUACCUCAGUUACCAUGUGCCAAAGCAUUAUACAACUAUGAGGGAAAAGAGCCAGGAGAUCUUAGCUUCACCAAGGGCGACAUCAUUAUUUUGCGUCGACAAGUGGAUGAAAAUUGGUAUCAUGGAGAAGUCAAUGGGAUUCAUGGAUUUUUCCCCACCAACUUUGUGCAGAUUAUUAAACCUUUACCUCAGCCCCCGCCUCAGUGCAUAGCACUUUAUGACUUUGAAGUGAGAGACAAGGAAGCUGACAAAGACUGUCUGCCAUUUGCAAAGGAUGACGUCCUGAUGGUGAUUCGGAGAGUGGAUGAAAAUUGGGCUGAAGGGAUGCUGUCUGAUAAAAUCGGGAUAUUCCCUAUUUCAUAUGUUGAGUUUAACUCGGCAGCUAAGCAGCUGAUAGAACUAGACAAAGUGUCAGGAGCAGGCCCGGACUCUGGAGAAGGUCCCUCGGGGACAGCCCACCCCAACGAAGCAGCCCCAAAGCACAGUGAGACCAAGAAGAACACCAAGAAGCGCCACUCCUUCACCUCCCUCACCAUGGCCAACAAGUCUUCCCAGGCCACUCAGAACCGCCACUCCAUGGAGAUCAGCCCUCCAGUGCUCAUCAGUUCCAGUAAUCCCACGGCUGCAGCUCGGAUCAGUGAGCUCACGGGACUGUCCUGCAGUGCUCCUUCUCAGGUUCACAUCAGUACUACUGGGCUAAUUGUGACCCCUCCUCCAAGCAGCCCAGUCACAACGGGACCUUCAUUCACCUUCCCAUCAGAUGUUCCCUACCAAGCUGCUCUUGCAAAUAUGAACCCUCCUCUCCCUCCACCCCCUCUUCUGGCUGCCACUGUCAUUGCUUCAACAUCUUCAGCGGCUGCGGCUUCCGGAGUUGGACAGAGACCUGCAGGAUCUGUUGAGCAAAUUGCACAUUUACGGCCCCAGACCCGACCCAGUGUGUAUGUUGCUAUUUAUCCAUAUACUCCCCGGAAAGAGGAUGAAUUGGAGCUGAGAAAAGGGGAGAUGUUUCUAGUGUUUGAGCAAUGUCAAGAUGGCUGGUUCAAAGGGACUUCUAUGCACACAAGCAAGAUAGGAGUUUUUCCUGGAAACUAUGUAGCGCCAGUCACAAGAUCUGUGACGAGUGCUUCCCAAGCUAAAGGCUCCAUGUCUACUGCCGGCCAGCCGGGUCGAGUGGUGACCAUGGUCAGUCCCUCCACUGCAGCGGGGCCUUCCCAGAAACUGCAGGGGAAUGGCGUAGCGGGGAGUGCCGGCGCAGUGCCUGCCGUGGAGGUGUCGGCAGCCCACCUCCAGACCAGUCCGCAGGCUAAGGUUCUGCUGCCCAUCAUCAGACAGAUGACGGUCAAUCAGGCUCGCAAUGCUGUCCGCACAGUUGCUGUUCACAACCAGGAGCGCCCCACGGCUGCGGUGACGCCCAUCCAGGUGCAGAAUCCAGCCUGCCUCGGCCCUGCAACUGUGAUCCUGCCCCAUCAGCAACCUCAGCCUCCGAUCCCCAACUCUGCUGCCUAUGUCGCCGCUGCUGUCAACCUCAGCCAGCCAACCGUGCCGCUGGCCUGUGGGGCGGCCGCCUCCCUGAACUCCCCCGGCAUCCCUGCCGCCUCUCUGGAGACAGACCUGAGUGACCGAGCAGGGUCGGCCCUCCCUGGCCCCCCGACUUCCCCCGAGAAUGCAUUAUCUGCUAGUGGAGGGAGCCUUGCUCCCAGGUCUGACAAGGACAGCAAGAAAGAAAGGAAAGGUCUGAUGAAGUUGCUUUCUGGUGCCUCCACCAAACGGAAACCUCGAGCUUCCCCUCCGGCCUCCCCGACUCUGGAAGUGGAACAGGGCCCGGCCGAGCUGGCCCUGCAGGGGGCCGUGGGGCCCGAGCUCCCCUCGGGAGCCUGUCAUGACCGGGCUGGGUCCUGUCCCAUGGACAGGGACAGUGCAAAGUCGGCCAUCCUAGAGAUAAUUCGCAGGAAGACCAACUCACUGGACGCCGGGGUUCCCAUCGCUCCACCCCCACGGCAGCCCUGUUCUUCCUUGGGCCCUGUCCUGAAUGAAUCCAGGCCUAUUGUUUGUGAAAGGCACCGAGUGGUGGUCUCUUAUCCCCCUCAGAGCGAAGCAGAACUGGAGCUCAAAGAAGGAGACAUUGUCUUUGUCCACAAGAAGCGGGAGGACGGCUGGUUCAAGGGAACCCUGCAGCGUAACGGCAAGACGGGCCUGUUCCCGGGAAGCUUUGUGGAAAACAUCUGAGAAGACGUAACCUUACUUGGAGAACCUCAAAUCCCACAACCCGAUGAAAGAGCACAAGUAAUCCUAGUGGAGGAAACGAGCCCAGUCACUCGUUUUCAGAUGAUCCAAGAUGGAAAGCAGACUGACGGAUCUGCAGCAUCCCACAGCAAGCACAAUUGCAGCAUCAGCCAGAGAUGACGGCAGCUUCAUCCGGGCCUUCUCCCUUUGGAUUCUGAUGUGUGAUAUGUGCCUUGUACUGUCUAAUUUCUUCCACAAAACAAACCUUUUUUUUUUUCAAUCUGUAACGAAAAUGGACAAUUGUUUACAGGGCUGUAACUAAUUUAUUUGAUUUUUUUUUAAACUUGAAUUCUUCUUGUUAUAGAUAAAUUCUUGGGAUUAUGAUUUUAACAGAUUAUUAAUUUAUGAAAUGAUAGCUAAGGAGAAGCUGGAUUCUCUCCUGAUGAGCAAAUGAUUCUUUUGGACAGAGAGUGCAUUUCCCUUCUUGGAUUGUUCCCUCCUUUUAAACUGUGUAUGGGAGAUUGUAAUUUGUCUUUUUGAAAAGGGGUCAGUGUUGUCAGGUUGUGAUGAUGGUGUGUUAUUGAAUUGAUUAAGUCUCAACAGGUAGAAUACUGUAUUGUGUGCCCUAAGACAGAAGUAGUGGUCCUCUCCUUUGCCUCUCCCCAUUGUCACAUGACAAUCACAUCCCAAACAAUGUAAUAUUCCUGGAGGACCCACACCAACAAGGAUGUAGAGAAGUUGUUUUUUGUCCUUCGUUCUCAAAGUGGGAGGUGAUUUACCAUCACGUGCAAGUAAAUUGGAUUGGAGUGAGAGAAGGCUGAGCCCUUCCCCUGCCUCACUUUCCUCUCCAGAACCAUCUGGGCUCAGUGGCCAAAUAUAGGUCAGAGCGACAAGCUGGAUGCAUGGGAGACCCCGGCCUUUAUAAGCUAAGCUUUUCAACAGGUCUCUGAUUGACUGAGGUCACACAAGAGAGAGGGAACCCAAGAGAGAAACAGAUUCCUGCUCAAUCAAUCUCAUUUGCUCUGGAAAUUUUGCCAUGCAAAUUUUCAGUCUAAUUCUGUGGGUGGGGUAUGUUCACAGAAUAAUAGUCAUAAUCAGGGAUUAAAUGUGAAGGAGGCUUAAGCACAACACUCGAACAAAAACAUUAUCGAAGCACAUUUGUAGAAUCAUAGAAUGUUACCAGCAGACAGGGACCUUAGAACUCAUCUCAUGAAAACUUUCCCCCCCUCUUACUUAACAGAUAUGGAAACUGAGGAAGAAGAGUGACUUUUUUUAAGGUCCCAAAGUCAGUUAGUGGGAGCAGAACCAUGGUGUCCCGACUCCCAGUCCAAUGGGAUAAUGAAUGAAUGAGCGAAUGAAUUGAAAGACAUUUAUGAAGUGCUUUCUAUGGGCCAGAUCCCAUGUUAAGCCCUGGGAACACAAAACCAAAACGCGCCUGCUUGGUUUUAUAAGAAUAGCAGCAACUCAGUCCCUUGGGUUGGAAAUUAAGCAAAAUUAAAACCAUACUCGCUGUCUGAGAAUGGCUAUGAAAUGUAAUUUGCCCUUUUCCCCCUAAGUGAUCUUGAUGAUCAGAAGACGUUAAAAAUAUGGUUGAGCAGUAGUGGUGAUGGUUCACUUGUGUUAAAAUAAAAUUUUAAAAAAAUUUUAAAAGGCUGUUAGACACUGUGAAAAGUUGACUAAGUUUUUGACCAUGGAAACUUUAAUCCAUUGGGAUUCCCUCCCUCCCCUCAUUGUCUUGCAUGUAUUACUGAAUUCCCACAGUAAUAUAAAUGGUGCAUGGUGUGUGUGUUUCAUUGUCAUUUCUUACUGUGGCUAGUUUACACUCAGAAUGGCCCUGGAUAGGGCUUUAAUAUAAACAGUAUUCUCUCCAUCCCAAAGUCACUGCUGACCACAUCUCUGAGUGAACUCUCCUGCAAGAUGAGGUGCUCAUUAUCCACGAAUCAGCAUCAUCAGUGACAGUGUACCUUAUCCGUCACUGUCCAAUGGGAUGCCUGGGCUCGGUGAUACCCCUUGUGUUCCUCUGGGACCCGAACGGCUCAGCAUCAGUCAAGUGCCCACGCCGUAUGGUCCUGGUGAGGAUCUCGCUAGCCAUCUUUCUCUCUCUCUCUCCCUGUAACAUCAAGGGUCUUCUCUGUUCUCAUUUUGACGCCUGCCAUAAAGCACAAAUGGGAUGGGCUCAGAAACAUAAGGAGGGGAGGGAAAUCUCAUGGUUGUGAAUGACAUCAUUGCCAUGGUUUUCUAGUAGAAAAUGCCUUUUAAUUUGUUUUGUUUUUUUUUUUUUUUUUUCAUUCUUAAGAAUUUCAGCUGGGAAGAUAAAAGAAAGGUAAUUUCAAAAAAAAAAAAAAAGGCUUCUUGAGGCGUCAAGAAGUGCAAUGGUCUUAAAAAUCUAGAAUGAGAGUUGAGAACGAAAUCAUUCCUAAAUUCAUCAUUUUUAAUGAAACACUGUAUAUUCUGUUCCUGUGUUUUAAAUAUUUUUAAAAUAGUUUACUUGGAUAUUCAUGUAAUAUAUAAAGGUUUUGUGAAAUGAACUUUAGCUAGGAAAAAGCUGCUGUCAGCUUUCAUAAACAUAUAAGUUGACACCAAUGUGUCAUAAUAUUUUUUAUUUGGGGGAAAUUAGCACAUUUUAUAAAAUAAGAUUUAAGAAAAAAGGCAAAAAGACUACUACAGGUUAAAAUUCUUUUUUUUCUACCUGUCUGUUUUCUUCCUAUCUUAAGCUAUGUGAUUAAGGUACCUCUGUGAAUAGUAUUCAUGGUGUAAAGUCAGUUAAGAUUCCAUCUCUUCAUAGUUCUGUUAGAUAAUGUAUCGUAUGGCUUUUCUAUCGACUUUUUUGAAGACAGUAGAGUGAAGUUUUGAAACAAGAGUUUGUUACACAACAGUGCAACAAUGAUACAAUGACAAUUUUUUCCAGCCUUUCCAUGUGAACGAUUUGGGGGAGAUGAACCCAAGUGUCCAAGAUUAAAAUUUGAUGUUCAGUCUU